AUGAUCGCAACUGGUGUGUGUGGCGUCGCGCUGGUGCUGGUCCUGGUGGUUCUGAUCCCGGUGGUGGUCAACUCCGCCGGGACUCCCGCGCGCUACGAGAUGCUGGGCUCCUGUCAGAUGGUGUGCGACUCCCACGGGACCGCGGCCACGGCCACGGCCAAGGCGACCAGCCCCAUCAAGGACAACCGCCUGGUGCAGUCGCUCCCGACGUUCAUCCAGGGUCCCCAGGGCGAGCCGGGGCGCGUCGGCAGGAUGGGCCCCAGGGGGCCGAUCGGCGAGCCGGGGCCUCCCGGACCCGCCGGUCCCCCCGGGGAGAGAGGGGCGCCCGGUCCCCCGGGUCCACCGGGGGCGCCGGGAGCGAACGGGCCGACCGGAGCCAUCAGCGCGGCCACUUACAACACCAUCCCAAAGAUCGCGUUUUACGCGGGACUAAAGAAGCAGCACGAGGGAUACGAGGUGCUCAAAUUCGACGACGUGGUCACAAACCUCGGCAACCACUACGAUCCGUCCACGGGGAAGUUCACCUGUUCGAUUCCCGGGAUUUACUUCUUUGUUUACCAUGUGCUGAUGCGAGGCGGGGACGGGACCAGCAUGUGGGCUGACCUCUGCAAGAACAACCAGGUGAGAGCCAGCGCCAUCGCCCAGGACGCGGACCAGAACUACGACUACGCCAGCAACAGCGUGGUCCUCCACCUGGAGCCCGGGGACGAGAUCUACAUCAAGCUGGACGGAGGGAAGGCGCACGGGGGCAACAACAACAAGUACAGCACCUUCUCCGGCUUCAUGCUGUACGCUGACUGAGCGCACCGGGGAGAGACUGGAGGACGUCCGAAUUAAAGAGCUGCUCUGCGUAAUUCUUUGCUUCACCGCUCCGUGUUCCGU